CCCACAGCUACACGCGUUCUGGCAAGUUAUUGCAGCGGGAAAAUUGAAUAUCAGCAAGAGGCAGAAGUGUAUAAACUUGAUAGAGAAUGGAUUCUAGAGAAGAAAACCACUCUAUAUGGGACGAGGCAGAAGAGAAAGGACAGGAAACUAAUGGCUCAUACUACAACGAUGACAACCUCAUCGCGCAUGGCGAUGUUGUUAUGUGGGAUCUGGACGAUGUUGAUAUCCAGCAUACAGGCGACGCGUCAGAUCAUCUAACACCCAAGAUGUCUACGGUAUCUCCAAUUUAUCUACCACCAAAGAACACUGAAAAGCUUCCUACAUCUCCGACAUUGUCAAAUCUGGACAAACAGCUUUCUCCUGUAGGCAUGACGGAAACAGUACCAACCCCUAAGAGGCCGAUAUCAAGCCCCAAAGACACUCGAUUCCGUGACCUUUUCCCGAACCCUGAGCUAAAGCUACAAAUGAUGAACAGUCUUGGAAAAACAAAUGCGGGUGGUGCUUUCGUCAUUGACAGCAACAUUACCAUGUAUGGUGAUGUAAUGAUGCUUGACCUUGACAGCGAAGAUGAAGGCCAUUCCCCUCAAAUAUGCACUGCUGUCGAGAAAUUUAGUCAGCUCACCGAAACGCCAAUGGACGUUAUCAAGCCCGCCAAUACUCGUACAACUACUACUGGUAUUCGACACUUGAUGGCUAUCAGAAAUCCAGAACUGAGCGAGCUUCCGAACGGCAGCGGAACCAUCACGGCAAACAAACGGAAGAAUGAAAAGAGGAAGUCCAAACACGGCAAAAUCAAAGAGGAAGUUGCAAGUGCAUCGGAAUACCAGAGCCCGGAGGAGCAAUUAAAGUGCUGCCCUAUUUCAACAGCACCGGAAGUUGUCGACAUCAACACAGAGAAGAAGCCAUUUGACUUCGUUAAGAUGGUAGGACAUCUGAUGAGCCGUCUUGGAGCCUACAUCCAGAAGAAGCUGAUUUGUCACUGAUCACAUUAUGGGAUUUUGAUUUCUGAUUUAAAAAAAAGAAACGUCUUAUUCUGAUGUGUUUGUGAUGACACCUGUUGUUAUUUGGACUUACAAUGGCCCUUAACAACCUUUGUUACAUUAACGCCAUUCGAUUUUCUUAAUACAUUUUGUGUAAAUUGUAGAAAUCAUUGAUGUGUGAUAUUAAUUCUUGUAUUUAUAUAAGGAUGAGUUUCUUUGUUUUGCAUACUAUUACAUAAAACGGAUGUAUACUACACUAGAAGGGCAGAUGUCUGUAGACAUCUAGUGAACACAAAUUAGGGUCACGUGUCUACAGAUCUAGACAAUGCAUCUUAAUACAAUAUCGCCAAUAUAUACAUUUUACAUGAGAUUAUACACUAAUCACCCUCUCGAUCGCUGUCUUUUUUUAAAUACGAUAAAACAAAAUUAUGAUUGAUCUCAGUUUUUCAUCAAGUGAUGUACAUUUUAUUGUCUGUAUUAUUUUGGAGUCAUUUAUGUUUCUGAUUUAUUUCCAAUAAAAAAUCACGAGU